UGCAGUUGAUUGAGCGGCAUGUGUAGUUGAUCAUGUAGGCUAUGUGACAGCAUACAACCAAAAUGAGUAACCUGCAUGGACUGGACAACUUGGUGGCCAACACGGCCUACCUGAAGGCUCAGAAUAUUAAUCGCUAUAAGCUGAGAGAACAUUGGAUCUUUCUGUCGCUUCCCAAACCAAAGAUGUCCUCCGAUCUCCAAGCGUCAGUGGGGAGGAAUUACGAGUCACUAUGUGAGCAACAGCCCAUCGGGAGGAAGCUGUUCCAGCAGUUUCUCCUGGCCUCUAACUCGCAGUAUAUGGUCGCCAUUGAGUUCCUGCAGGAGCUGAGUGACUGGAGCUUUGCUGAAAACGAAGCCAGAGAGAAGGCCAAACAGAGAAUCCUCACUAAGUUUUUUCUGCCCGACUCCAGUAGUUUUCUCUCAUACCUUACAGGAGAGGAAGCUAAAAUAUGCAAGGCUUUAUCAAACAAAUUUGAUGAGGUGAUGUUGGACGAGUUGAGAAAGGCCACUAGAGACUUCCUGAGUGGUAAACCUUUCUUGGAGUAUCAGGAGAGCCCCUUUUUUCAUAGGUUUUUGCAGUGGAAGGAGUACGAGAAACAGAAAAUCAAUGACAAAUACUUUUAUGAGUUUAGGACUUUAGGAAAAGGUGGCUUUGGUGAGGUGUGUGCAGUGCAGGUCAAACACACAGGCCAGAUGUAUGCCUGCAAGAAGCUGGAUAAGAGGUGCUUGAAGAAGAAAGGUUGUGAGAGGCUUGCCCUUCUGGAGAAGCGGAUCCUGGAAAAGGUCAACAGCCUCUUCAUUGUAAACUUAGCUUACGCUUACGACAACAAGACCCACCUGUGCCUGGUCAUGGACCUUAUGAAUGGAGGAGACCUCAAUUUCCACAUCUACGAGCUUGGGGUGCGUGGUAUGUGUAUGGAGCGAGUUGUUUACUAUGCAGCCCAGAUAACCACUGGGAUUCUUCACCUGCACACUUUGGACAUAGUUUACCGGGACAUGAAGCCUGAGAAUGUGCUGCUGGAUGCCAAAGGACAGUGUCGGCUGUCAGACCUGGGAUUGGCUAUAGAGCUGCCAAAGAACCAAAAGGUUUGCCAGAAGGCUGGUACGACUGGUUACAUGGCCCCUGAGAUACUAAGGAAGGAGUCCUAUCGCACAUCUGUGGACUGGUGGUCUCUGGGCUGUACCAUAUAUGAGAUGGUGGCCGCCCGUUUGCCAUUUAAAGACUUCAGGGAAAAGGUGCAGAAUGAUGAGGUGACUCGUCGCACACUGGAGGAUGACUGCAAGUUUGAACACAAAAACUUUGAUGAUUCCUCCAGAGAUCUCAUCAGAUGCUUUCUUAAGAAGAAGGCUGUGUUUCGCCUUGGGUGCCGCAAUAGCAAUGACGAUCCUAGGGACCAUGUGUUUUUCAAGAGCAUCAAUUUCCGCUGUCUGGAGGCUGGACUAGUGGAUCCGCCAUGGGUGCCAAAAUCAAACGUGGUCUACGCCAAGGACACAGAUCGUUUAAUGGACACUUCCGCCGUUGAAGAUAUAAAGUUUGAGCAAAGGGAUGAAGAAUUCUUCAAGCUGUUCAGCACAGGCGCAGUCUCCAUCCAAUGGCAGAAGGAAAUGAUCAACAGCGGUUUGUUUGAUCAUCUGAACCACAAAGAAAAUAACUACAACAGCAACAAGGAGUCCAGCACAUGCAAUAUUUUGUGAGAAUUUGAUCUACUAAAUAUCCUUUAGCUUUAAUUAUUUUACACAUCCAAAGUGCCUGGUUUAAUACCAAAUGAGUAAGUUCAGGUAUAACAGUCACUUGCCUUUUUCACAAAUCUGUAUUCUUCUUCCUAAAGAGGAUUUAUUUUGAAGCCACAGCCAAACAUGAUGGGACAUCUGUCAUAUGGGUCAAAUCAAACCACAGUUCUUGUGUCCAUGCCCAGAUGCAAACACACGCUGACAUUGUACUGCUGCUUUAUAACUUGCCCUAAAUUUUGAUGAGUCAACAGUGCAUGCAUACUUUCCAUUACAUCACUCAGACAUUUUGGCAGGUCUUAAGUGUUUACAUGUGUCUGUAAACAAGGUUUAAAGAGGUUGUUUGUCACUGAAUAGCAGCAGGAUUAUUAUCAGUAUUUGCACUAAUGUGCCAGAUAUGUUACACAGACACAAAUUCCAUGAAUGCCUUUUGCUCAUGUGAGGGGACGGCGUAAUACAACCUCAGUGAAGUCUCUCAGUUGCAGAAGUUCACCACUAAGUGCCGCUAGAUACCCAUGAAGUGUGACUAUUCAUCUUCCCCAUUAUUUUGCCUGUGCUGCUGAGGUAUUUACAAGCACUGCAUGACUUGUUCAGCUUUUACAAGGGGAUGCAGGGAGACAAAUUGUCGUUGUUUUCCUCCAGAUUUUUUGGGGGGAUUUUUUGUCUUUAACAAGGCAAUACCAACCCACUUUAUUACCCCCCAAAACCAGCCUGUGUUUACAAGCUACACACAACCUGAGAAAGAGAUGUUUACAUGUACUUCAUAAAACAUAGCAACAACAUCUAUUUGGCUUUACAGAUGGUUAGUUCUUGUAUAUAGACGAUGUGGACUGUUUUUCAAAAUGCAUGGCGAGCUUCUCGUUCCAUGUUGUUUUUAAUUGUUAAAGUAUUAAUCUCUAGAUGAUUACAUGUGGACUCAGGAUAUUUCUUUAUUUGAUAGUGAGUGUAUAAAGAGCAAAUAAAGGGGGACAAAAUCCCCUGGCAAUCCUCAAUACGUUGGGACUUUUCUAUGUGACAUCCAGGACAAUUUGCUACCAGGAUGGAGAAUUAUUUUAAACGUUUUACCUCUGUUUUACUUCGUCAAGUCUUAAAUGAAGCUGUACGA